CGGCUCAAGUAUAACAAACUGAGAAAAUGUAACAUGCAAGUAGAAAGCAAAAAAAUUUCUACAUUCUACCGGAAGCGAUAUACAGAGAGGGAAUUAUACAUUAAUAAUUAUAAUAAUUGUAAUGAAUUAAUCGUACUAACAUUAAGACGUUGAAAAAUCGAAUUGCGAAACGUCGUGAAAAAUAUAGCGAAUAAAAUAAAAUAAAAUAAAACAAACUCGAAAUAAUAAUAAAUAUAUUAUGUAAAACAGUGCUUGUAUAUUAUACUAUUUCCUGAAUAAAGUAGAUCUUUGCCUGGUAUCUGUGUGGAGUGUAUUGGAUACACGUAGAUGAAAGUAAGUACUGACACACACACACACACGGUAAAGUAUAAAGCCGAAGCAACAUGUAACUUGUAAUUAUGAAUAACGCAAAAAGAGUGUUUGUUGAUGAUAUAUAUUUUGUACAUAUUAUACUAUAAAUACAGUCAAAUUUUAUUAAAGUGAAAUAGCCGCGAAAGUGAAAGAAUUUCUUUCGGUAAAGAGUUUACUUCUCUUUUCGUGCUGACACCCCAUUCUUACGUGCCGCACGUUAUAAUUAAUUCAAGUAAGUUUUUACGCAUGCACAGUCAGCGCAAAUGUACGAUAGUGAGCAACACCGAGAGGAGAACUUAAGACUGAUAUUCAUCGGUUCUUGUAACUCAAGAGAAAUUCUCUCUUGUAAGAGAAAAUUAAAGUAUUACCGCAUGUGUCAAAACCAAAUGACACUUUUUUUGACAAGCUUUUCAAAAAAUUGCUUUGCAUAGGAGCGAAGAAGAGACAAAGUACAACGAAGGAAACCGAACUUACAUAACGUUUGUUAUCUGCAAAAAAUGUUGCUUACGUAACUUUGUUGAGAAAAAGCAAAGUCGGAAAGACAUGUCUGUUAUGUACUAGUCGUUGCAAUAUUGUGGCAAUUUAUUAAUUGAAACAGCUGAAUAGUUCUGUGAACAAUGUCGGCUAAAGGUGGUGAUUCACAAGAUGAAUCCACAUGCAAAACAGGAAACGUGUCAACAUUUGAUCCAACUGAACAUCAACAUAUACGAUAUAACCCACUGAAAGGAGAAUGGGUAUUAGUAUCACCACAUCGUAUGAAACGGCCAUGGAAAGGACAAAUAGAACCUAGUACAGACGAAGAACUUCCAGAUUAUGAUCCCAACAAUCCUCUUUGUCCAGGAAACAUCAGAGCUAAUGGAGAUGUAACUCCUCUAUAUCAAAAUACAUUUUCUUUCGUAAACGAUUUUCCUGCCUUGUUAGAGUCGGUGCCGAGCCCACCGAAAAUGGAUGAUGAAUUAUUCCAAAUGGGAUCCGCCAAAGGUACUUGCAAAGUAAUGUGUUUUCAUCCCAAGUCAAAUGUAACACUAGCAUUGAUGAAGAUUCACGAAAUAAAAGAGGUGAUAAAACGGUGGAUUUUCGAGAUGCUGGAAUUGGGUGAUAAAUGGACUUGGGUUCAGAUAUUUGAGAAUAGAGGUGCUUUGAUGGGCUGUAGCAAUGCACAUCCUCAUUGUCAGAUUUGGGCCAGUUCGUUUUUACCAAAUGAAGCUAGAAUCAAGGACAAAUAUCUUCGGGAUUAUUACGAACGCAACAAGAAACCUCUUCUCAUUGAUUACAUGCAGAAAGAAAUAUUGAAAAAGGAUCGAAUUGUGAUUGAGAAUCGUGACUGGAUAGUCGUAGUACCAUUUUGGGCAGUUUGGCCAUUCGAGACUAUGGUUUUGCCGAAAAAGCAAGUAACCAGGAUGCACGACUUAUCGGAUGAUCAACAAGAAUCUCUAUCUGUUAUCAUUAAGAGACUAUGCACCAAAUAUGAUAAUCUCUUUCAAUGUUCUUUUCCAUACUCCAUGGGGUGGCACGGUGCUCCAACUGGUGAAUAUCUCAAUAAUUAUUAUCCAUAUUGGACUUUUCACGGAAUAUAUCUGCCACCUUUAUUACGAUCUGCUACUAUUAAGAAACAUAUGGUUGGCUAUGAGCUUCUAGCACAGGCACAGAGAGAUCUAACGCCGGAACAAGCGGCAGAAAGAUUAAGAAAUUUGCCGGAUUCUCACUACAAACGCCCGGAAACUAGUCUAAGUGCCGAAGAAAUAGAAAAAUACUCGAAAUAAUAUAUACGUACACAUGUGAUAUACAUAAAAUGGAAUGAUCAUAUAUUUUCUUGAAAUUUAUCAUAUAAAAUUCUAU